CGUCGUCGUCGUCGUCUACUCACUUCGCGCAGUCACAACUUGUUCGGCCAUUGAGCUGCGCGCUUCCGCUCCGCGUCGAGUGUCGCGUUUACGGCGUUUGAGUUUUGCGUGCGCGUUCCGUCGUCAUUCUCUGCGUCCACCACCACUACCAUCACCUUCUCCUACACCACUGCCACCACCACCACCAACCACCACCAUCGUCGUCGUCACCACCACCACUACCCUCCAUCCCGGCGACUUUUUUUCCGUUACGUUCGGUGUACUCGCGCGCGUCUUCCGGUGGUAAGUGACGGUUUCGGGAGUAGAAGGAGAGACAGCCAGGAGCCAUGCGAUUCUCGUGGGUGUUCGCAGCCACGGUGCUGCUGGUUCUGGCUACGGGGGCGAGGUGCAAGAGGAAGUUUGACGGUGACUUCGAAUUCGACGAGGAGGACGAUACCCGCAUAAUGAAAGUCGGCGACAAGAAGCGUUGGAUACACGAUCCGAACAGUGAGCUUUGUCGUCCACUCAACUGCAAGAAGAAGGAACUGUGCCUCCUGGAGGACACGUUCACGGCGGUCUGCGUCUCGAAAAAGGAGCUUCACAAGUCAGGGGACGUUGUGAUCCCGAAGUCGCGCGCAGUUCAACAGAGACGGAUGCGAACUGAGACCUCGGUCGAUCCCGACGACGACGACGCCUUCUUCGAUUCGGAGGACGACGACGAGGAUCAGGACGAGUCCAAGUGCCAGGAAUGUCCCGUGGUGAAGCCUACCUUCCUUUGCGGCAGCGACAAUCGCACGUACAGCUCGCCGUGCCGUCUCGAGUACCACAACUGCAUUCACCACACUUCCGUCCACAUCGCCUGCAAAGGUUUUUGUCCGUGCAAAGGCGCCGAUCUGCGCACGUACACGAAGAAGAUGCAGAUGCAGAGGAAGAAGACGCUCAUGGGCAAGAUGGGUCGCAGCCACGACAUCACCCUCACCCCGCGCGACUUCAAUUAUGACAAUCAUCACUACCAGUACCUCAAGUACACGAAGCGCGGCAAGGCUCUCGUUAAUGCGAACAGGUACGACGACAAGCAUCUGAUGAGUAACGAAGUGAUGGACAAGACCCAGUCACCGUUGAAAGCGAUGUAUAACGUGCAAUCGUCGUCCAGAUAUACGGAUUGCCCGUCGUCGUCCAAGCCUGCGAUGGCCAAUCGUCUGUUGGAUUGGUUCUCCGUCGUGAUGGCAGACUCCAAACACCGUCGUCAGCAUCCCAAGCCCAAAGGUCACUUCCCGAUCGGUUGUCAGAGCGAGGUCAGGUGGAUGUUCGGGCAUUUGGACAGCGACAGCGACGGCCGGCUCUCGCUCUCCGAGCUGUACGGGCUGGAACAUGAUCAGAAUGAGCCGUGCUUGAAGCCCUUCCUGGACGCUUGCGACACCGACAGCGACAUUUUUGUGAGCGGGCCCGAGUGGUGCGGUUGCUUCUCGAAAGCCGAGCGCCCGUGCGCCGCAGUUCGCAGACGAUCAUCGCCGGAUUCAGCACCUGCCUGCGACUCGCGAGGAUAUUACCGCAGCACUCAGUGCCACCGUGGCCUUGGCCUCUGCUGGUGCGUCGAUCCGCACGGCGUCGAGUUCGCUGGCACCAGAACGCGCGGCGCGAAGCCCGACUGCGACGCGAUCGUGAACAAGAUCAGCAGCGGCGGGCUCAAGACCAACAGCGUGGACCUUGACGACGACGAGGACGGUGGCACCGAUUCCGCUCAGGACCUCGAAGGCUCGGCCGAUCAACCGUUAGAUUUUUAGACGCAUUACGGAACGGCGGCCAGCAACAGGAGCGCAGCACUUUAACCGAUAUAAGCGGUACCGACUGCGCGAUCGGAAGGAAGGCAGCGUUCCUCUCUCGCGAGGAGCGGGCAUGCGCGACGUCCGAUCGUUCGCCGGCUCUCCGGGUUGUGUGCCGCCGUUUGUGAUCGGGGGUGUUCCACGUCGCCGGGCCGCCCGUCGAUCGGCCGCGAUCCACGCGCGAUUAAACGAAACGUGUGGGCCUAAAUGCAAUGAGUUCCGAAAGCAACGAAAAGCACGACGAGAUUUAACUAAAUAACGGAGGGUUCAAAUACGGGUUGGGGGACGGGAUGAUCGGACAGAAGGAGGAAGAGAGAGAUGGCGGGGGGNGGGGGGGGAGGGGAGAUCAUCGUCGCACCGUCGUACGACCUUAGUCGUGUCCUUCGUCCCAAUUAGGAAGCUCUCUAAUCGACGUUAAAGUAGCGAGUGUCUUGUCUGUCGUGCAGUAAUAAACCGUGCGCGUCCGACUAACGACGUUCGCCGCCACCGAAUGCCGUAGAUCCCGUGCAAUCGUAAUUCCGCGCAAUGUUCCGAUAGUCCGUGUAGGGAAUACGCAAAUACGACCGAAAAUGCGUGUAAGGGUUGUUGCCGGCGACGAAGCGAGCGAGAGAGUGAGAGUGACGGAAAGAGAGAGAGAGAGAGAGGAGAGGAGGGAGGGAGGGAGAGAGGAUUCCGCAUUUGCGAGCUGCGCUGAAUACCGGCGAAUUAUCUCUGCGUCCAUCGAAGUCCACCUCCAUGCGUGCAUGACUCGUCUAUAAAUACCAUAAUUGCGAACUAUUUACGCGUAUACAAAAUAGAGCAGUUCACGAAACAGUAGCAGACAGAGAGAGAGAGAGAGGGAAGAGGGAGGAGGAAGGAACACAUUGGACACGGAGCGGAGAACGGAACGGGAUAAUUUCGUCGCAUCGGCCAGAACUUCACGUAUGCGUCCUGACGCAAAAUUAACAUUUAACGAGGAAACACGAGUAAAGCGCCCCGUGUAUGAUUUCUAACCGCUAGAUUAACUCGAGAUAUCGAUCGUAACGUCACAUGGACAUGAUAAUUAUGACAAUUAUGAUUUACAUGAUACAAUGCAACAACCCGUGUGUGGAAUCAAGUUAACUGUGAGGAAGAGUGAGCGAGCGAGCGAGAGAGAGAGAGAGAGAGUAACGGGGUAAAGGUGCGAGCGUAAACGAAUUCAUUCGCGCUUUUGCACCCGCUUGGAAACUUAGUUGAUCCACGAAACAAGAUAGAUUUCCCGUAGCUCUUGCCACUUCACUUUCGGCUGUGUUUCGCCGAACGCGGUAAUAGAGAGAAAAUCUCGCUUAUUUAUUACGUUCUUUCUCGGACGAGCUCGGAGCGCACUCUUAAGUUAUUCUUCUUUCUCUCGUAGCCACCCUGCGUUAUUACCAUGAGGUUAUAGUGUAAGAUUACACGGAAUAAAGACCGACCUAUUUCGUACUCGCUAACGACCUAUUUCAUACUACACCGCAGUUCAAUCACGACCGUGUUAGGACGUCGAGGGUUGGUGGGUUGUCCUGGAAGAGGUCGCUUAUUUAAAAGUAAAACGGGAAACGGGUGUGUUAUUGUCAUUCCAUAUAUUAUCGUGCGGCCCGAUUUGCAAAGAGAAAAAGAGAAAAAGAUAUAUAUACGCAUCACGAUUUUUCGCACGCGCAAUCGGAACAACAUCCAUCACGCGACAUUGAGAGAAAGAGAAAGAGCGAGAGAGAGAGAGAGAGAGAGAGAGAGGUUGUUUUCUACGAAGCUAGAAAAUGUUCGACGUCGUGAUUCGUCUGCAUUUACUGUAAUUAUAAGCAUUUUUACUUACAACUUUUACUUAAAGAGUGUGUGGUACACCGUAGAUAUUAGAUAUUAACAUGUAAUCCGUAGAAAGAUAAACAAAAAAAAAAAGAUCAGUGUGACUAUGUGAAUAUGCCCCUAGCGUUAGAGAAGGCAAUUUACGUAGAGAUAGCCGAUGCAAAUUACACGUGUCUCAUUUAGAAUGAUGAAAGUGACGAUUCAUUUUGCGAGCCUAACGCGUCUCACUUCGCGCGACAUGCAUUCCUUCUGCGAGGUCAUUCAGGGAAAAUAAUACUCAUCACAUACGGAUCAAAGGCAAAAUAGCGCGUAUUUGAGGUAUUUGAUUAAGACAUCGUAGAGAACGUGCAACGUCUCUCGUGUAAUUAUCUCAUUUUCCUAUCGAUUACAUACGCUUAGUUCCGUUUACUCUCACACAGUACCAUGACAACACUUAUCGUUUCGACUAUCUAUUUUUAUAAGCGAGAAAUUGCAGCCCUGCGUCUUGUCUUUCGUUAUAUUCGAAACGUAGAGGUAUCUUGAUCGUUGUCGAUUCAUCCAUAAUGUCUUGCCUUAAUGGACAUGGCGUGUUAAUCCUGCGCAUACGAGAGUAUGUAGAUGACACACUUGAAAAGAAAAAAAAAAA